AUGAACGACAGUAGCAGUUCUUCAUCGUUAUCGUAUGAUUACGAAGAGGUGACCCGAGAAUACCAAGUGAUACGUAAACUGUAUAUCUGCAUCAGUGCGGUCUGUAUGUUCACCAAUACUAUGGUUGUGCUGGCGUUUAUUUCUUCGUACAACUUACGAGAACGCGUCGCUAAUUAUUUCAUACUCAACCUUUCGAUCAAUGACUUUGUUACAGGAUUUGUAAAUUUAGUGUACCAAUGCUUAAUUUACAAUCCGUUUUUCUAUGGAUCGAUUUACUGUUGGAUUCUAUCUGCGAUUCAGCCAACUGUGUUUGCGUGCUCGUUUAUGUCAAUGGCACUGGUAAGUCUGGAUCGAUACAUCUACAUCACAUCGCCAUUGUGUUAUCACAUGAGAGUUACUGCCAUACGAGUCAAGACUGCAAUACUAUGUUCUUGGGUGAUACCAAUAAUUAUCGUCAUAGUCAUCCCAAAUAUCAUCCAUCCAUUCUAUCAUGUUAUCGAGGAUCAUUGUAUUUAUCUGGAGUCUACGUCGGUCACUGUUUCGGGUCCAAUUAUGGCCAUGGUUACCAUGACGAUAAUGCUAUUUUCUAGCAUUAGUAUUUUAAUAGAAGCUCGGAAACAACGUAGGAGAAUCGUAAAUCAAGGAAGUAUGUCACCAACUAGUGUAUAUUUAUUCAAUCCAUCUGGGGAUAUUCGACGUUUGGUGAACACUGGAGUCUUGGUGUUGAUUUUUCUGAUAAUGUGGCUGCCAUACAUCGUCACAGCGACACUUGUGAUGUCCAAGCAAAAUCAACGGUUUAACGCAAGAUCCCUUGAAUUGGCAGCAAUAUUUGUGUUUUUAAAUUCAGCUAUUAACCCAAUGCUUUAUGCAAUGAAUCCCGAUUUCAAGAAAGCAUAUCUUCAAAUAUUACGUUUCAAAUUAUUCUAA